AUGGCAGCAUAAGUAUCCGAAAAUAAACAAUAAAUAAAAAAAAACUGGGCAGAAAUAGAUGCCGAAUAAGAAGCUAAGGAACGUAAGCCUAAAAUAAAAGUAGAAAUAUCAACAUAUGUCCGUGAAAAAGGAGGUGAAAACCCAAAUUAAAAGAUUUAAGAAACAAUAAAAGUAACAAAAUUAGUAUUCCCAGUAAGAAAAAUAGUAAAAAGUAGAAAAUAAAUUGAUAAAUUUGGCGAAGUAAUAGAUAUUCCGAAAGGAUAAUAAAAACCAGGAGAUAAAGUAUAAGUAGCUGAUGUAAAUAUUCAAACUAAUUUGAAUGCAGAAAAAGGCGAAAUCGAUAUUGUUAAUUAAAUUGAUAGAAUUACUACUGAUAAACUCAAAAUGAAAAAAGAAUAAGAAAGAAUGGAAUAACUUAAAAAUGCUAAAACUAUGCCUAAUGAUUCAAAUAAUUAACCUGAAGAAUACUUAGUUGAUAUUUCAAAUAUUUUACCUUUCUUAGGACCUAAAACACAAUAAUAAAUGGAAUAGGAGGAAAAUUUAUUUAAAUAAUAUUUGGAAUAAAUUAUUGGCAAAUCAGGAUUUUAAAAUAGAUAUAAUAUUAGGUUUCCUAAACAUAGAAAAACUAAAGAACUUAUGGGUAGAGUUUUGCUUAUUUUCACAAAUUAAAGUUAAGCAGAAGAGACUAUUGAAAAAAUUGAUUAAUAAAGAUAUGGUGUUUGCAUUUUAAAUGCAGGAUGGUACGUAAGUAGAGGUGAUUAUGGCGGGAGAAGAUGA